CAUAAUCUUUGAUUGCUGGAAAGGAAAUAUUUAGCACUGUGCUCGCACAUAUCUAUUUCGCGUAAUUUUUGACGAAACGGAAGAGAUGACCGAGUUUGAAAAAUUUAGAUGUUGGGAUCUGAAGAAUAUGAAAGAAUUUCGUGUUGUUAUUCCCAGGGCAGCAAGCGAUUGGACUGGGUACAAGACAAUGCGCCUUUGGCGAAACUCGGAUCUCCCCUUCUCGCAGAUUUCAUGACGAUGAAGAAUUUCGCGCCGUGCGCGAUAUCGCUCGCGAAGGAGGUGUGUUCGAAACACGCACAGGAAAUCCUAUUCUUCACUUUUCUCUGAUGAGACAAUCAAUUCUCCUUGGUUGGCUUUGUCUGAUGAUGGCGCUCAUUGUUUUAUCGACCAAUCACACAAUUCAUCGUAUAGGGUGGUCUUAGCAUUGAUGCAAUCGCCUAGAGCAUGUGAUAUUUGCACGAGGGUUUUGCUGAUACAAGAAGCUCGGAGUGGAUUCUUACGCCGCCAUUUUGAUUAGCGGGAAAGGAAUUUCAACUCGCUUCUAGGGUGGUCUGUUUGGAGGUGAAACGGACUGCAAUAUCAUCCUGAAGGUUUCAAAUACUCCCAUCCUGACUCUUUGGUGUUCUGGUGUGGUUUCGACGAGAGUCAGCGCGGAAAAUAGAAGACGAAAAUUUGGUGUUUUUUGCAUAUAUCAAGUUUGGUGUGUUCUUUUGCGAGAUUAGAACACGCACCACCAAGACGUGGCGGUCACGUGCUCGUCGCGCUAAAAAAACGUUUUCUCUACUCCCCUUGAAUGGACUUUAGAAACUUUAAAUUUUGAGGUGAACUUAGUCUUGUGCUUAAUAUUUUGGCCAUAAUUCCCUGUUGUAAGCAGCCGCGAAAAUGCUUUCAACGGGGCCUCGUUGCCAUCGGCAGUCAUUGUGAAGUGAAGUAUGGUAGAUGGCUCAAAUGGCUCCCGCACUGACCGAGGCGACCGCGUCUCCAGAGUCCUCGAGGAAGAAUUCUGUGGAUCGUCACUAUUCAUCAACGGUACAAGGGGAACUUAAGCAAGAGAAUACUGGUCGAGCACUGGACUUAAAGCUGGUUUCUCCGAACGGACUUGUACGAUUGAUAAGUGACAAUAACAUUGCAGACAUUACAAAUACUAUCAAGCCUUCGGAGCAGAACACACCCAUAGUUUCAAGACUCACCGGAGAUUUGAGAGGGAAAAGUGAGAUGCCAAACGGACAUUGUGAUGAAAAACUGCAAGAGAGUGCCGCAGAUAUGUCAAGUAAUUCCGCUGCUACAGAGGAAAAGCGAAAUUCGUGCCUUGAUCUUCCGCGAAAGACAUGUGCUUCAACGGCGAAGACUUCGGCUGGUACAUGCAAUACUGUUUGUGAAAAUGAAGAGAAGAGUCGAGUUUCGGAGCAUCCGGUAGCUAACUUAGAAUUUGGGAAGGCCUUAAUUCCUCAAAGGACUACACAGGCUUUUCGACGGCAAGGAAAACUGGAUGGCCGAGCGAGACGAAUCGAAACGCGCCUUCGCAAACUUCAAGCGCGGCAACUGAGUGACCAUGUGCUUCAACAAUUGGAAAAUUUGGCGGAAAAGCGUGGUGAAUCUCGCGAUUCCUCCUCCGCUAAUUUCGAACCAGUUGGAAAUUCAGGGGUCGGGAUUAUUCCCGAAACUAAAAGCGCGUCGAAUAUUUCAACGGGAAUAAAAGCAGAUCGAGUUGACAUCAAAGCUGUGCCUGGAAAUCUUGCAAGCCGGGCGAAAAACAACAACGCAACGAGUGUCGACAGCGUAUUGAAAGAACUGGAGCGUAUUUCAGCUGAAUCUUACAACUCCGAAGGGAGCAUCUUGACUGAUUUAAAACAAAAUUUCGAUGCUGUAAAUUCAGUGGAAAGCUGGAGUUCGCAAGUUGAAUUUCUGGAGAGCAUUGAUGAUUCAGAUGCCACCGAAGCGAGUUCCGGAGAAGAAAGCGACGAAGAAGGUGAAUCGAAAAAAACGAAACUACGGAGCAAACGGGCGAAGAUUUUCAGGAGGCAGUAUCGCCUGGAAGAAGGCAUAAUAGCUUCCCAUUGGUCGUGGCUCCAGUCUCAGAUCAUAAACGUUGAAAGACAGAUCAGGCGAUACGAUGAUCUUUACAAAGGAGGAAGGUUGAGGAAAGGAACAGUAAAACUUCAAGCUUGUUCCUCAAAUGCUAACUUAGCACGAGGCAGCAAUGACAUUGAUGGUAAUGGAAUUAUAAAGGGCAUUAAGAACAAUGCUGUGUCAGUGUCUGCUUUAGACAUUGCCAAGUCUAAACACUAUGUUGAUCACAGUAAGAAGGAUUCAUCAAAGGAGUCUGAUAACCAUGUACCAAAUGGAGUCAAGCGUAACCUCCUUGAUAGUUCCUUGUUGAAUGAUGAGGAUGUUCCACUCAAGCGGUAUCGAACAGUCCUUCCAAAUGAUUCUACAGACAGCAAGCUCUGUGGCUCUUUGCCAUCCACUUCAAACGAUGUGUUUCCUCAAUGUGCAAGAACUAGAGGAGUUUAUACAGUCAGGAAGCGGCGUUUAGUACACUUAUCGCACAUUCGACAUAAGCCCAAACCUCAUUCAUUGUACUGUGGCUGUGUAACUCCUUCCACACCUUGUUUGAUUUGUUCUAAUUCGUCAAGGACAUUACCGGUGGUUAGUUCCAGUCAGACGACAGCAGAGAAGGUGGCGUCCCUGGAUGGUUCAUUCCAUCCUGUGCUUUCUUUUUGUACAGACAUUCCUCUCCAGUUGCAUUUUGGUGCAUUGUUGAAAAGGGGUGGCUUUGAGAAGAGGACCAAACCACAAGCAUUGAGAACUACAUCACAGAUAGUAGAGAAGAAGUUUAUUUUAGAACUCCACAAUCAGAAGUAUGAGAGAAAGCGAGGUUAUUCUGUCUCUACUCCAAAAAAUGCAUCUAGAGGAACAGAAAACAAGAUAAGUCAAUCAGAUGGGCCAAGGAAGAAACGAGCGGCAGCAAUAAGUGCUGCUGCCCAGCUUCAGAAGCGUGCACGCAGUUUGUCGCUUCCAACUGUGGUGUCAUCACCUUCCACUCCAACAUCUGCUCCCAGUCCUACCCCAGGUUUUACGCAGUCUAUGCCACCAUCCACCCUUAAUUCCUUGUUGAAGAAGAAGAAAGGGAACAAUGCAUUUGACAUCAACAACAUUGUGAUUCCAUACUCAAUGGCCUCUGCCACAAGAGUUGAAAAACUGCAGUACAAGGAGAUCCCAACUCCAAGCUGGCGAGUGAAUGAUGUAGCUGAUGAUGAUGAAACUAAGAUGGAGGAGGACCAGACUGAAAAGGACAGUGAGGAGGACACGUCAGACGAGGUGUACAUCUCAAGACACGGAUUCUGUGAGGAGCAUGAACGCAAACGAUUCCUGGGACUGGUAAAAAAGAAGAGAAAGCGAACCUCGCGACAAAGCAGUGAAAUGAGCCUUCCAGAUCCACCAUCUCCACUGGGUUAUACGGACAGUCAAGGAGGCACCCCGCCUGGGACUCCUACGUGUAAUACACCUUUGCCGACACCAACUGGGAACUCGGUACCAGCUACAAUCUCUGUUCCUUCUGCUUUUCCUCCCCCUCCUUCAGCUUCUUUGUCCCCGUCUGGGACUCUCACACCCACCUCAGCAAUGCCGCCAUCCAUGGAGAGAUUUCAUCGCUCAUUUUCAGACUCUAAACUUUUGCAUCGAAGGUCGUCUUCAACUGACAGGUCAGAAAAAUCAGUGAAUGAUGAGGAACUCUGGCCACCGGUACCUCCAUGGCCAGAGAGGACAUUUCCAUUAUCAGAAUCGGAUGUCUCUUCACUCAAACUUCCUACUCCUCUGCCCACACCAGCUUCUUCUGUACCCGCUUCCCCUUCAGCGUCGUCGCCUGGUAGCCCUAUGUGUUCACCUUUAGCAAGUCCGGCCUCUGAUGCAAGCAGCGAAAAGAAUGAAUGGACAGUCAAACUUGUUACGGACCAGGGACCAGGCUCAGGUGGCGACUCAGGAGGAGCGCCAAGAAAAGGAAUUGUGUUAAAACUAGCAAAAAGAUAAUAGGGAAAAAUAUGUAAAGGGUAUUAACACAUCGGUUGUCCAGGCAAACAGCUGCCUUCAUAUAUCAAGAAAGGGCUUUGAUAACACUUGUAUAUGAUAUAUCUGGGUUAGUUAUGGCGUUUUUACAUGUGAGAAAAAAGUAGAAGCGUGCUUUUCGUUGUAGUGUUAUUAGUAGGGUCAUUUUGUGUUGCCCUUUCUUGAUUGAGGACUAGUUUGUUGUCUGUGACUCCUGUUAGGAGUAUGUUAGAAGUUCAUGGCUUGAUUUGAGAUACCACCCAAAGUAUUAAUGAUUGAAACAACCGAAAAAAAAAGAACGAAAUUUGUCCGAGUAUAAUGCAUGUACUUUAUACGUAAGCAUUCUUUCGUUGAGAGAGAAUUUUUCUCACUAGUCAUGUUUGUAUAUAGCCCGCAUAUUUCCGCUCGAGUAACACUUGUAUUUUAUGAGUUUUAAACAUCGUGUACAUUGACAUAAACAUAGAUUUGUAGAGGUUUGGUUACGACAAAAAUGGCAACUUUGUGAAUAAACUGAUUUAUAUUA